AUGAGUGUGCGCGGGAUCAUACGGACCAAGGUGCAGCAGCCACCCAAUCAGCAGGUCCCGGCUUCCAGUCACAGCAUAGCCUCCACAGGAUCAGUCACCCAGGUGUCCUCUGUAACCACCGACUCUGCUGGCUCAUCCUACUCCAUUAGUGGGAUCCUGGGAAUUGCCUCCCCUGGCACUGAGAGCAACAAGCGCAAGCGGGAUGAAGGUAUUCAGGAAUCUCCAGUACCAAAUGGCCAUUCUCUCCCAAGCAGAGAUUUUCUUCGGAAACAGAUGCGAGGAGACCUUUUCACCCAGCAGCAGCUAGAAGUGUUGGAUCGUGUCUUUGAGAGACAACAUUAUUCUGACAUUUUCACGACAACUGAGCCCAUCAAACCAGAGCAGUGGUGCUCCAUGCUGAUGAGACAGUGCGUGGUACAACCGCAGGCAGUCAUUUUUCAGGCAACUGAAUACUCAGCCAUGGCCUCACUAGCUGGUGGAUUGGAUGACAUGAAAGCCAAUAUAACCAGUCCUACUUCUGCAGAUUUGGGAGCGAGUGUUCCUGGGCCUCAGUCCUAUCCUAUUGUCACAGGUCGCGAGCUGGCAAGUACAACCCUCCCAGGAUACCCUCCACAUGUCCCUCCUGCCGGACAGGGCAGCUACUCUGCUCCAGCGCUGACAGGAAUGGUGCCUGGGAGCGAGUUUUCUGGAAGCCCGUACAGCCAUCCACAAUAUUCAACAUACAACGACUCCUGGAGGUUUCCCAACCCUGGACUCCUGGGCUCCCCCUACUACUACAGCACCACCGCCCGUGGAGCAGCCGCACCAGCCGCUGCUGCUGCCUAUGACCGCCACUGACACCGGAGCUCAGGGCAUCGGCACUGACAGCACGCACGUCUGGGACAACCGUGAC